AUGGCGUAUGAUACAAGUGAGAUUUGUACAGUAAAAAGCCCAGCAGAAGAUGGCUUUAGAAAUGCAAAAAAAAAGGCAAAGCAGGACAAUAAGCACCUUGUAGUCGCAGGCUGUGUUCCUAAAAAAAAGCCUCGACAUGACUCCAUCCAAGGUGUUAGUGUUGUUGGGGUCCAGCAAAUUGACAGAGUUGUCGAGGUGGUAGAAGAAACAUUGAAAGGACACACAGUUCGUCUUUUUGGUCAGAAGAAAAAAGAUGGCCGAAAGUCAGGAGGUGCUGCUUUGGAUUUGCCUAAAAUAAGGAAAAAUCCCUUAGUGGAGAUAAUCGCUGUUAAUACAGGUUGUCUAAAUCAAUGCACGUACUGUAAGACCAAGCAUGCAAGAGGUGAAUUAGGGAGUUAUCCCCCUGAAGAAAUCGUCGCCAGAGCAAAACAAGGGUGUGGUAGAAAUAUGGCUGACAUCAGAAGACACCGGGGCAUACGGUCGCGAUAUUGGUGAAACUCUGCCGUCAUUGCUGUGGCAGUURGUGGAAGUAAUUCCMGAGGGUGGUCGCCUUCGUAUUGGAAUGACUAACCCCCCCUACAUUCUCGAGCAUUUGGAGGAAAUGGCUAAAAUUCUCAACCAUCCUAAAGUAUAUUCSUUUCUUCAUUGCCCUGUGCAAAGCGGUUCAGACGAUGUCCUGUCUGAUAUGAAGAGAGAGUACUUYGCUAAGGACUUUCACCAUAUCGUGGACUUCUUGCGGGAAAGGGUACCCAAUGUCACCAUAGCAACUGACCUAAUAUGUGGAUUUCCAACGGAAACGMCCGAGGACUUCCAGAAGACGAUGGAUCUUGUAGACAAGUACCGGUUUCCAAGUCUCUUCAUUAAUCAGUUUUAUCCAAGACCAGGAACGCCUGCAGCRCGSAUGAAACGACUUCCCACGGAAGAGGURAAGAAGAGGACGCGUGAAGUUUCCAAGCUUUUUCACUCUUACACUACUUACGAUAACAAGGUGGGAUGGUGUCAAGAUAUUUUGAUUACAGAGGAGUCACAUGAUGGGAUCCACUUUGUCGGACACAACAAGUCGUACGAUCAGGUUCUAGUUAAGAAAGAUGAAGGCGACUUYAUGGGUAAGGUUAUCCAAGUUCAAAUAACGUCAUCGGGGAAGCACUUCCUGAAAGCCACAGUUAACAAGCAAUCGGAUGUGCUUUCGCCUGGACUUGUUGAGCCGUUACCUAAAGGUGUGGUCAGCGGAAUCAAGAAGGAAUGCGUGACAUCGAGUAACGCAAGCACUACGCCUUUGUGGCUUAAAAUUGGGAUUUUCGUUUUGCUCGUUGCGGUUAUUUUCGAUAUUUUAAAAGUCGGCUGGUCUUGGACACAUAGUUGAUGUAGCUCCUAAGGAAACAAUGCUUARAAUUAAAUAUUUAUCGAUA